AUGAUUUCCUCUAAUGGUUUAAUUCCCCCUGGAAUAUUUCCAAACCAGUCUUCCAUUCCAAAUGGUCUGAAUCCUGACUCAAAUCAAGUGGAUAAGAAGGAAUUAUAUACCAUGGUAAUCGAAGCUGAUCCUUCUAUUCCCCCAAAUCAAACGUUGUAUAUUAAGAACAUUAACGACAGGAUAAAAAUAGACGUCUUGAAGCGUGAUUUGAUGGAAUUGUUUGGAAAGUAUGGGAAGAUUUUGCAAAUCGUGGCCAUGAAAUCCUUUUGGAGGCGUGGUCAGGCAUGGAUUGUAUUUGAUAACGUUGAAUCUUCAACACAAGCCAUGAAUGAACUACAAGGAUUUAAGAUAUAUGGACAUACACUUCAAAUAAAUUAUGCUUUGGAAAAGAGUGAUAUCGUAUCAAUUCCUGAGGGCACUUUUGUUCAGCGUCCCAAGGGUCCUAAGAAGCCUAAAAAGAUAUUACAGCGUGAAAUGAUGUUAAAGCAAUUAUACAAUUCAAACCCCUCGAACCCUCUUUUGACUCAAAAUCCCGUCAAUCCCGCUCAUAAUUUGAUGGGUAAUCCCGAAUCAUUUGGUUUUAGUGACGCACCUGUGAAUAACUUAAAUAUGGGAACCAUGGAACUUCAAGGACAAGUUGUCAAUAAUCUUAACCUUCCUUAUCAACCUCAUAAUCUUACUCAUCCUUUCCCUACUCACCACAGUCCUGGUUUCUCUGAUGAUCCUUCACUCAUGAAGCGAAACCGCACUUUAUUUGUGGAGAAUUUACCUGAUAAUAUAAGUCACAAUGACGUCAAUAAUCUGUUUCACAACAUGCCUGGCUUUGUUGAGACUAAGCUCAUUGCUUCGAAGCACGUUGCCUUUAUUGAUUUCGACAACGAGUUUAACUCAAACUACUCUCUUCAAGGUAAUUUUAACAUAAUACUGACACUCUUCAGUACUUCAAGGCAAAUUACUCAACGGGCAGCCGAUCAAGAUAACAUUCGCAAAGUGAUUCAACCACUUGAAUAUAACAAUUUAUUAACGUGUAAAUUUUAUUAG